UUUGCACACUCGAGCCGAGAAGAAUUCUGGGUAGCGAUAGCCAAACAUCCAAAAUGGCGGACGAGAAGUACGAACCAGUUAUGAAAGUGACAGCGAAAGAGAUGGCGGACGCGAAGAUUCCCUUGUCGGCCAGAGAUUACUGUGCCCACUUGCUUAUACCUCUGUUAAAGUGCAGGAAGGACACUUACUUUGCUCCAUGGAAAUGUCAACACGAGAAGCAUGCUUGGGACAGGUGUCAGUAUGACGAUUACUUGCACAGAGUGAGAGAAAAAGAACGUCUAAAGCUUCAGCAGUGACAAAUAAUGCACUUCUGUGCUGUCUGCCUUGUACAUUGGCAUGGUGUUUGCAUGACCUAUCAAACAAACUUCACAUGAUGAAUACCACAAUUUUUUAAUGGAUAGUCAUGGAUUUCUUGGACGUCUAGUAAUGAGGACAGUUGAAAGGAAAUUAAAAUAAAUAUUUGUCAAAAAUGUGUGUUGUAAGUUGUCCAUGUUGCAUCCAGUCUUUGUUUUAAAGGUAAAGCCAUAAUAGCUCAUAAUAGCACGUACACCCUAUGAUGAAAAAAAAGGUGUAGCGCAACAUGGCGGCCAUACUCAAAUAAUAGGUCAACCAAGGCAUGCAGCCUUGGUUUCAAACAUACAUCUUUGAUGUUGGACAUCCAUGUUAGGGUCAAUUGACACCUAUCAACUCAAGGUAUCUGCUAACCAGUAUCACCUGACCAUAUAGCAGGCUAAGGUUUAGAACUCAUCAAGGUCAAGUGUUUUUUGAAGUUGACCGCUGACUGGCCAAGAACUGGUUUUCGAUUAGAUCACAGGCUCAUAGCCAGUUAAUUUGUAGUAAUAGGCGCUCCGCUUUUAGCCUUGGCUAAAUCUAUAUAUUAAGAACAUGAAAGAAAUGAGCGCUGCUUUUGACAUGCUAGAUUCUAGAUAAUUAUCCAGAAUUUUAGACUUUUCUGGGAAUUUUUGAGUACCACAUAUAUUAUACCACACCAGUGUCAGCCACAUUUUACAACCAUUUUCUAGACUAUAUAUAACAAAGCUCCCCACCCCCGAGACCCUCUAUUAUAUUGUUCAAAGCAAGACCUAUCACAAAGGUAGUAAAGGGGAUUUGUUAUUCCAUUCCAUGCAAAAAAAAAAAGACUUUGUUUUCCAGACUUUUUUCUAGACUGGAAAACUAAUUUUUCAGCUAUCCAUACACGUCCCAAAAUCCCUCUGAGGAUAAAUUCAGGAGAAACAUGAUACUAUACUGCAGAUCUGCAAUAUUUGUUUAACACAGAAUACUUAAAACUGGUUGAUUAAUUAUUAUCAAACUGGAUUAAUAUUAACUAAUAAAACUAUAAACUAAGUAAAGAAAAGUAAACUGGUGUUUCAAAACAACCUGUUGAACCAUAUGCAUGUGUAUGUUAUAAGACAGGGCUCGGGAAUGAAAGGAAACAUGAUAUAAGCACAGAUAUGACUCCUGUGAUGUAAGCAUUAAUAUAACACCAACUCAAACAUCAUUUUACAUGGUUUAAUUAGCCACAUGUACAUGUACCAGCUGAAGAUAGCCUAUAAUAGAUCUCAUUUUAACUGUAUUUUAUGUUUUACUCUAUAAAUUAUUAUAUUUUUUUUUUCAUAUAAAAAAAGCAAUCACCUGUUUUCUCGAGACCUGUCUGACUUCUUUCCCAAAACAAAAAGGUACAUUUAAUAGUAAAUUUUAAUUGUUAAAAAACAUUCUGGCUAAAUUUCAUGCCCAACACAAGUCAAACAAAAUACAUAAGGUUGUAAUCCCUUUCUUAAGACCCCUAUCUGACAGUCUUUCCUAACACAAGUAAAGUACAGUGUGUAAUAAUAUAAUAACGUAUAAAAUGUGUGUCAGGCAAAAAUGUAAUAAGAAUAUAAGUUAACCCAUGUUUAGAGAACUUGUCCACACGAAUGACACAGUGCUGCAACAGUUCACUUUUUUGGUUGCAAAGCGUUUAAGCGUCGCUAAAGUAGUGCUCUUUCUGGCUUGCUUUCCAAAAUACUAACUAUGAUUAUAUUAAUAAAACAAUUUUUAAAACACUUUCUUCCGACCUGUUCCCAACACAAGUCACACGACAAGAUGCAAUAUCAAUUAAUAACACAUUUUUUAGUACCAUUGGCUCCUUUCCUAGCAUAUACCAGACAAACAAGAUAAAAUAUUAAUGACAAGUUCUAAGCCCUAACAUUGUUGCUUACUUUUUCAAUACACAAUAAUUAUUUACCCAUUCUUCCAAAUCCCAAGCUUAUUAGCAACACAGCCUUUAACCUUGGAAUCAACUGAUUUAGCAGAUUUUAGGACAUCAAAUAACAAACAAUUAAAGAAACUGAUCUAACUACAUGUAUUGAGUAUAAUGUAUACUAAACCUGUAACUCAGAAACAUAAUAUGUAGCAACUGGACAACAAAUUUAAUAUAUAUUUACAAUGUUUAACAGAAAUAAGAUUCACCUUCCCUUAGAUUAAAAUGCACUGGCCAUGCAGGAGUUAAGAUAACUUAAGCCAAAGUUUACACGGCAUAAUCAGUGCAAGCAUAACUCUAGUUCAUAUAAAUAUAGCAAUGAUGUCGUGUGUAAAUUACAUGCAUUAAUCUCAGUUAUGUAUGCCUAGAAAGUAGUCUUGUGUGGAAAAUUUAACCCUAAAUGUACUAUGAAUUUUAAGCAGUUUGUAAAAA